GGACAACAUGGCGGACAAGAGGGAUAAUGCGGCCGACCAGAUGAAGCUGUGGAAGGAGAGCCGGGGCUCUCAGAAACCAGAUGUCCUUACCACCGGCGGGGGAAACCCUAUAUCUGAUAAGCUGAAUCUCUUGACCGUUGGCCCUCGGGGUCCCCUAUUGGUGCAGGAUGUGGUGUUCACUGACGAAAUGGCCCAUUUUGACAGGGAGAGGAUCCCAGAAAGAGUUGUCCAUGCUAAAGGAGCAGGAGCUUUUGGCUAUUUUGAGAUCACGCACGACAUCACCAAAUACAGCAAGGCCAAAGUGUUUGAGCACAUUGGGAAGAGAACGCCAAUCGCCAUACGGUUCUCCACUGUCGCUGGGGAGUCCGGCUCUGCUGACACAGUCCGAGACCCUCGAGGGUUUGCGGUUAAAAUGUAUACAGAGGAUGGGAACUGGGACCUGACUGGCAACAACACCCCAGUCUUCUUCAUCCGAGAUGCCAUGUUGUUUCCAUCUUUUAUCCACUCUCAGAAAAGGAACCCACAGACUCAUUUAAAGGACCCGGAUAUGGUGUGGGAUUUCUGGGCUCUGCGCCCCGAGUCUCUUCACCAGGUUUCCUUCUUGUUUUCUGACCGUGGUAUUCCGGAUGGUCACCGCCACAUGAAUGGCUACGGAUCCCACACCUUCAAACUGGUCAAUGCCAAAGAUGAAGCUGUAUAUUGUAAAUUCCAUUACAAGACUGACCAAGGCAUCCGGAACCUCACAGUGGAGGAAGCAAAUCGCUUGUCUGCCAGCGACCCUGACUACGGGAUACAUGACUUGUAUGAAUCCAUUGCUGCUGGUAACUACCCAUCGUGGUCUUUCUACAUUCAAGUCAUGACUUUCCAGCAAGCAGAGAAAUUCAAGUUCAAUCCCUUUGAUUUAACCAAAAUCUGGCCACAUGGCGAUUACCCGCUCAUACCUGUGGGUAAGUUGGUGCUGAACAGAAACCCAACUAACUACUUUGCAGAAGUGGAGCAGCUGGCUUUUGAUCCAAGUAACAUGCCCCCUGGCAUUGAGCCAAGCCCAGACAAGAUGCUGCAGGGGCGACUUUUCUCCUACCCCGACACUCACAGGCAUCGCUUGGGGCCAAAUUAUCUGCAGCUGCCUGUAAACUGCCCUUACAGAACUCGGGUGGCCAAUUACCAGCGGGAUGGACCCAUGUGCUUCACUGACAAUCAGGGCGGAGCUCCAAAUUAUUACCCCAACAGCUUCUGUGCCCCUGAGAACCAGCCUCAAGUGAGGGAGCACAGAUUCCACGUGUCUGCAGAUGUUGCUCGCUACAAUAGCGCCGAUGAGGACAAUGUUUCACAGGUGCGAGACUUUUACGUGAAAGUGCUAAGUGAGGAGCAGCGACUGCGCCUGUGUGAGAACAUUGCAGGACACCUGAAGGAUGCUCAGCUUUUCAUUCAGAAGAGAGCUGUGAAAAAUUUCACUGACGUUCACCCUGAGUAUGGUGCCCGGAUUCAGGCUCUGUUGGACAAGUACAACGCUGAGGGGGCAAAGAAGAAAACUGUGAAAACCUACACCCAGCAUUCCACUUACGCCACCGCAAAGGACAAAGCCAACCUGUAGCCUUCCUGCUUCAAGAAUCAUCCGUCCGGGAGCCAUUUUAAUUCGUCACAUGACGUUAAACAAAAGACAUGAAUGAUUGUACUGCGAUUCGGUAGCGAAUCUUAGUGUCCCUCCCGCUGAUUCCCUCGUGGCAGAUUUACAACUCAAAUACUCCUCUCUCAUUGGCUGCACGCUCUGCCCUUUUGCAGCUCUAAGUUCUUUAGAAAACUGACAAAAUUCUUAAAAAAAAUACUGACCUGAUUUGCAUAGGAACACGGGAAAUUCCUUUGUUAACUGGAAUAAUCACAUUGAGUUAAUACAAGUUAUGUUUUAUUAUGUUGCUGAGGCUUUUACCCCUUUGGGGUUAAAAAUGCUGUUUAAAAAAUGCCUUAAAACAAGCCAGCCAAUCACAAGCACUGUUAUAUUAAUACGGCUAGUGGAACAGUAUAGUAUAGGUUGCACUUAAAAAAAUGAAAGCACUUGUGGCAGGCAGUUUGGGCACUAAUGGGCUUCCAGAGCAGUGGCCUGAUUCGGUCACUGAUCUAUCCAUCUGCCUGUGUGGGAGUUGUGGGAUUUAUCUACUAAGCAGAGAAAGGCUUGUGAUCACCUGACUCUCAUUCUUUUUCCUACAAUUAACCUGUUAACGAAAAAUGUACUUUUGUUAUUAAAAAUGACAUGCAUUAUGAUCUA